AAAAAUUGUGCAGUAUCUUGGAAUACAACCAAAAGCCAAAUUUGGAGUCUAAACCAAAUCUGGGUAACGAAUGAAAUUGUAAACCAAGAAUUCCAGCCGGCGACCUGUUUAGCAUUCCCUAUCCUCACCCCCAAAGCAACAAUGGAAGCCUCAGUCCGGAUACUAUUCAAUUCCUCCGCUCGCCAUCUUCCCAACUCCCUUUUCCAUCUCCAAAAGCCGCUCCCUCUAAAGCCCUUUUCCACGCUGUUUCCUUCUCCUCCUCCUUACUAUCGUCAUCGCCCAAUUCCAACUCCUGCAGUUUCAUUUAUUAACCCCGAAAAUCACCACUCCAUUAUUUUCUCAAACGCCCACAUUCCCCACCACCCCUCAACGACCCCAUUUGGCUAUUCCCUUACCCUCAAUUCUCCACAGUUUCUCCUCAACUCAUUCUUCUCCACCUCAGCCUUCUUCCGCAUUUUCUCUGACCAAAAAGCUAACUCUUUCCACUGGAAUUACGCUCCUGAUGGAAUCCACCCAAGAGAAAAUGGGGUCGUGGGGGAUAAAGGGCCAAUCUUUGCUGCAGUGUUGUUGGGAUGGCUUGGGUCGAAGCCGAAGCAUCUGAGGAGGUACGUGGAGUUGUAUAAUUCGAGGGGUAUUCAUGCUGUUACCUUUGUUGCUUCUGUCAAAGAUGUGCUUUCGUUUGAUUUGGGGAAGAAUUUAGAAGAACGGAUUUCUGGGUUGGCAGUUGAGCUGGCUUCUUGGCUGGCUCAAUCAGAAAAAGAUGGUCGUGAAAGAUUCUUGAUUUUUCAUACCUUCAGCAACACUGGUUGGCUUGCGUAUGGUGCCAUUCUUGACAAUUUGCAAAGUAGGCCAGAUUUAAUGGAGAAAAUCAAGGGAAUUAUUGUUGAUUCAGGAGCUGACGCUAAUAUAGAUCCCAAGGUCUGGGCUGCUGGAUUUACUGCAGCCCUGCUAAAGAAAUACAGUUCAUCAUCUUAUCCAUCAGUUGAAGGUGUAGGAAGAAAUCAAUUGGAAAGUGGAGUUGAUACCUCAAAGUUGCGAGAAAAGGAGCCCCUGUUCGUUGAAACCUUACUUUUGUCAGCAUUUGAGAAGCUCUUCUCUUAUCUCCUAAACUUGAACGAUGUCAAACAGCGGUUGACAGAUAUAAUCUCAGUCCUUUCAAAAAACCAGCCUUCUUGCCCACAGCUUUAUCUGUAUAGUACAGCUGAUAAGGUCAUUCCAUUCACAUCAGUUGAGACAUUUGUUGAUGAACAGAAGAGAAGUGGGAAAAAUGUGUGGGCAUUCAACUUUGGUGCAUCACCUCAUGUUGACCAUUAUCGGACUUUUCCCAGUGUAUAUACAUCAGAGCUUGAGAGGUUUUUGAACGAGUGUCUGGUCACAGUGACGAAGUUCUAAAAGUUUUGCAAUUGUAGAUGAUUUAGGUUGAAAUGCUGCACGAGUUAUUGUUUGCCCUGUGCAGCUGAAUUCAGCUUCAAGCAGUGGAGAUUCCUAACAAGAGGUAAUUUUGGCCUAAUGUUACUCGAAAACUGCAAAGUCUUGUUUCUGAUUAUUCCCAUUGAGGUAUGGUAUUCCAGUUUUGUCCAAUGGUAGCUGUUGGUACUCUUGGUUCCGUAAUUUUGCUAGCAGAAUGAAUAUCCACUUGUCGUCUUUCUCCAACAGGUUUUCUUUUGUUGCAGUUAAGUAACUAAAUCUAGAGUGAUCAGGCGAUGAGCAUCUCUAGGUUUCUUGCCUACCUGGUUCUUGAAGAGACAUUCAGGUUUCGUUUUUGCAAGAAGUUGGCGAAAGGCAAGAAUGCUUGGAGUUCCUUAUCCCGAUUGAAUCCGAAAUCUUGAAUAAUUUUUUUCCACCUACAGUUUAAAAGCACUCCUUUGCCAGUAUAUUUAACUUCUUAAAUAAAUGACGUUUGACGUAAACAAAAAUUUCUUCAUUCUGGUACUUGAAUUUGCAGAUUAGUUUUAAGUUUUGUGCGUUUUACUAGUCACCUCUGUACGCUGUAAUGCAAGUGCCCCUUUAACCU